AUGAGAUCUGUCAUUCAUCUGCGAGUGGCGUUUAGCCUAUUGGCCAUUGGCUCUGCAGUCGCAAGCCCCUGCAAGCCUCCCUCAGUCACAACAACCUCUGCUGUCCCUUCUGCUACCAUAUCCACUACUGUCAGUUCAGAUGCUUCCACCGAGACUUCAGUGUUCACUUCUUUUGCAUCCACCACUGAGGAUGAAGGCGCCACUUCCUCUACGGUAGUUGAGUCCUCUAGCGAGACAUUUGUUUCUUCUACUGAGACAUUUACCUCCUCGGCUGAAACAUCGGAUUUGUUGUCUACCACCGUUGAGACGUCUGCUGUCUCAGCCUCCACGACUUACACUACCGAGGUUACAACUGCUGAGCCAACCACCACCGACUUCACCACCACCGUCGCUGAGACAACCACAUCCGCAGCCAUCCCUACCUUCACAAUGUUCGCUUCCGGCUCAAACGCCGUCUCAGGUAGAAGUCUUCAAACUUACAACCGCGACGGCGCUGUCGCUAUAUUCGAUCCUGCCACCGAGGACGACAAUCCUUCCGUCCGAUCAUACUCUAUCGACUCUCAAGGCAGGAUCGUGAAUGACCUCGGUUGGUUUCUGUGCGGAUACUAUGGUGCAACGAACGAGGAACUCAACAAACCUGCGACUGUUGUGACUUGCCAUAGCGAGACUCUUUUGCAAACAGCUUUCUUGACUUGCGAGCUGUCUGGUCCCUUUGGGAUCGAGUGCUCGGUCCCAGCCAUGUCUUGUGUCUCUAGUGGAUCUUCCAGUAUGGCUCCGACGUGUAUACCUACUGCAGGUACUUGGAGCUUGAAUUCUGUUGGUGUGCGAGCGUUUGGCCACACCUGGCUGAUUGGAGGUAGUGAUACACCAGCUACUUAUGAAGGGAUGACCAUGAGCAUCCGGGAGGUCUAA